CGGCAGCCGGAGCGCGGCGCGCGCAGGACAGAGCUCCAGAUGGACCCGGAGAACGACGGGAGCAGAGCUGCAGCUCCUCGCCGGCUGGAGAGGCUGCCCAGCACUGCCUGGAUGACCCGGACCUGGUGCCGCUCACAGCGCAGCAGCCCGUCAUGGGGGACGGCGGCGCGUCUCCGCUGCUGAACUUCCAGAAUGGAUCCGGGAGCGACGCGGCGGCGGCGGCGGCGGAGGCGGGUGCGGGGGACGCGCCGGGCUCGGCUGCGGCCGCGUCCGAGCAGUGGAUGGCGGGGAUGAGCCUGCUCAUGGGUUUGAUCGUCGUGUUCAUCGUGUUCGGGAAUAUCCUGGUCAUCGUGGCCAUCGCCAGGACGCAGAGGCUGCAGACGCUCACCAACGUGUUCAUCGUGUCCCUGGCGAGCGCGGACCUCAUCAUGGGGCUGCUGGUGGUCCCGUUCGGCGCCGCGCUGGAGGUGCGCGGCUCCUGGCUCUACGGCUCCUUUUUCUGUGAGUUCUGGAUCUCGGUGGACGUCCUGUGCGUCACCGCCAGCAUCGAGACCCUGUGCGUAAUCGCCAUAGACAGGUACGUGGCCAUCACCUCGCCUUUCCGCUACCAGAGCUUGUUGACUAAAGCCCGGGCCAAGGCGGUGGUGUGCGUGGUGUGGGCCAUCUCCGCGCUGGUCUCCUUCCUCCCCAUCCUCAUGCACUGGUCGCGGGACAGCGUGGACACCGCCUGCUACGAGGACCCCGAGUGCUGCGACUUUGUGACGAACAGGGCUUACGCCAUCUCCUCAUCCAUCAUCUCCUUUUACAUUCCUCUGCUGGUCAUGAUAUUUGUUUACGCCCGCGUCUACAGGGAGGCGAAGAAGCAGGUGAGGAAGAUCGACCAGUGCGAAGGCAGGUUCCACAACACCCUGACUGGACUGACGUCCAAAUGCAAGAAGCGGCCGUCCAAGAUCCUGGCGCUCAGGGAGCAGAAGGCGCUGAAGACCCUGGGCAUCAUCAUGGGGACCUUCACCCUGUGCUGGCUGCCCUUCUUCAUCGUCAACGUGGCGCGCGCCUUCAGCGCGGAGGUGGUGAACAAGGACCUGUUCGUGUUCUUCAACUGGCUGGGCUACGUCAACUCCGCCUUCAACCCCAUCAUCUACUGCCGGAGCCCGGACUUCAGGAAGGCGUUCAAGAGGCUGCUGUGCUGCCCGCGGCAGGCGGACCGCCGGCUGCACAUCAGCUCCUGCGACCUGACGCGCUGCUCCGGGGGCUUCGUGUCCGCGCUGGAGCCCGGCGCGCUGGGCAUGUGGACGGACUGCACGGGCCUGGACAACAGCGACAGCAGCCUGGUGGGCACGGCCAAGCUGUCCCACUCGGAAUCUCAGCUGUGAUCCGUUUUUCUUUGGAAGGAACACGCAGUGAUCGAAUCACUGAGGCGGAUCUGGAGCGCGCACAAGACAAGAGCCAUACGUUUUAUACCCAAAGUGCGUCUUUUUUUUAAAUAUAAAAAAAAAAACAAGACUCACUCAAACACCAGGCGAAAAUAUUCGAAAAUAAAGUGGAUAUCUCUCCGGGAUGGCUCCUUAUCAGAAGAGAUGAUCCAGUUUUCCCGAUUGCGGUUGUGGAUCAGUCUUAGACAAACAGCGCACGGAUGCGCUUUUUUCAAAAAUGUCUCUUAUAGUUCAUGGGAUCUGAUAAGCUGUUCACAUAUGUAUGUAUAAAGACACGCUGGGGAGGGGGUGGGUAUUCUGUGAGUUUUUAAGAUUAAUUUAUUCUCUAAAGGACCGCUCAGGCGCAUUAUUAUGGGACCUUUUUUUUCCUCUUUUACGCGCGCUGGUCAGGAGCGAGACAUUUGUCGGAGAGACUGUAUAGUAGCGGCUUUAGAGCUCACAGUGGUGUGUUUUACCUCACAGCCGAAGGCAAGUGCAAUCCGUACGACAGGUAUUUGUUUAUAUUAAACAUUUCUGUGAAGAUAGACGUGUAAUUUAUUCCGCACUAUCUUUUUUUGCAACCGAGCAAGUGAUUGUGGGGCGGUUUCCCGCGCCCCGUGUACAUAUCCUGUGGUGUGUUUAGUACUGAAGCGAGGGAUUUAAGCCUCUCUCUCUGUGUUUGGCUUGACAUGCUAUUGUGGGGUUGUCUGCUAACGUCUGUUGAAAUAAAAAGGAAGUCCCGUUGUUAUUGUUCGAGCUUUAUUUUGGGGAAAUUAAUAGAAAUAA